UCGUGUCGUGUCGGAAGCCGUGUUUUCUGACAAUUCCAGCAUCGGACGCCCGGGAGUGUAAAUUAUUCUUCAAAAAAUGAUUGAAGCGCUGUACAGUUUACCUUUUUAUCUGUUCGAGGUUCCAAACCUAAAGCUGAAACGACCAUCAUGGUUGCACCAGCCUUCGGCGAUGACCGUGUUCUCCUUCGUGCUGCUCUCCUAUUUCCUCGUAACCGGAGGAAUAAUUUAUGAUGUGAUCGUGGAACCCCCGAGCGUCGGAUCAACUACAGACGAGCACGGACACUCGCGUCCGGUGGCAUUCAUGCCGUAUCGCGUGAAUGGUCAGUACAUCAUGGAGGGUCUGGCCAGCAGCUUCCUGUUCACAAUUGGCGGUCUCGGAUUUAUCAUCAUGGACCAAACACACACGCCCGGUAAACCGAAGUUGAACAAAAUUCUACUGAUCGCCAUGGGCUUCAUCUUUAUUACGGUUUCGUUCGUCACUACCUGGAUCUUCAUGCGAAUGAAACUGCCAGGAUAUCUACAACCUUAGAGGGUGCAGUCACCCGUAUUCCUUAAUCGACAAGGAUAUCCAAAUAUAUUCUUCGAAUUAAUAAAUAUAAUUUCACUACAA